CUUCACCCCAAAAAAAUGGAAGUGGAACAUUUAGUGAAGUGACCAAAUGUUUACAGGAAGUUACUUUUUGUUUUUUAUGAGUGUAACGUGUGAAACUAAAUUCAGUUCAUUUCAGACUCUGUGAGAGUCACACAGCAGGAAAAUGCCUGAAUCUGAAGUCCUGUAUUCUGAUGUGACGUUCACCAGACCGAAGGCCAACGCUGCAGAGACGUUUUCCCCGUCGGCCGACACAACUUACUCUGAGGUCAAGAUUGCAAAAAAGCAGCCACCUGAAGAGCCGCCUGCCGGUUUCCAUGAAGAUGAGUCAAGCAGAAAGCUUAAAGUCACGUCAGAGAGAGUCGCUCUGCUGGUUCUCACUGUUCUGCUGGCAGCUGCUGUCAUUGCUCUCAGUGUUACCGCGUUUGACAACAAAAGAACCAAGGAAGAGCUCAGAAGUCUCAAAAUGGAGUUGGAAACUUUAAAUAAAAGUCUGUCAGCAGAAACCAAACCAAGCAGCACUGUGCAGCCCACAUGUCCACCACCUCCUACAGUGGGAUCAUAUGAGCCAUGUCCAAAAUGUGAAGCAGGCUGGGAGCAUCAUGGAGGAAAGUGUUAUCACUUCACCACCAAUAAAUCAUCCUGGGAAGAGAGCAGAUGUUUCUGUCAAAGUCAAGGAGGAGAUCUGGUGAAGAUAGACAGCAGGGAUGAGCAGAGUUUUCUGGCGAGACGACUGAGAGACGUAAUGGAAGAAACUGCGGACAGGUUCUGGAUCGGCCUGACCGACACAAAAGAAGAAGACAUAUGGUUGUGGGUGGAUGGCUCACUGCUGGAUGAAAGUUUGAAGUUUUGGAGCUACAAGGAGCCAGACAACUGGAACGGAACGGAUACCAAUGGAGAGGAUUGUGUGAGGAUGGGGGAGAAAGUUCGAGCUCAUGACCUGAACUGUUGGUUUGACCACUCGUGCAAAAAUCCUCACAGAAGUAUUUGUGAGAAACCAGAAAAAACUGGCCAGCGUUCAUAUGUUUGUGUCUAAAGUUCACUUCAGGUUUAGAAACAAUCUGAGUACAGGAUACAGAAGGUGGAGCGAUGCUGUUUUAAUAAAGCUAAAGUCACAAACAUUUAAAGAUUCCCUGCAGACUUGUUCAAAGACAAAAUAAAGCUCUUCUUGCUGAA